AUGGACAUCCGAGAGUACGAACACCAUUACGAUUUGAACGGCCAGGCUACCGUAGUGAAGCUUGUAAGGGACUUGAACAAGGACAGCUUCUUGGUUGACGCUCUGGUGCCUCUUCUUGCCUCCGCUGCGAACGUUGAGAAGUCGAACGGAGACUGGAGAAACCUUGUUCUUCAAAAGUUUGGGAUACUGGUGGAAAGAGACGGCCAAGGUAAUGAGUGGAUCUCGCGGGGAAAAACAUGGGAGCUGCUGAAAAUCCUAAACCUCCAUGAUGCCUAUCGGGACGUGUUUGAAGAACCGGGCGACACAGACGAGGACGAUAAUAGCGCUAGGUUCGAUGGUGAAACGCGUGAAAAGAGAAGCCUCAAGGGCACCACCCAUCAGCUGGGCUCUCCGCUGAAGAAACUGAAGCCCGCGGAAGCGUUCCAAACGGUGAGAACUUUUUCGCAUGACCUAGAUUUGGCAAGCCCACUGGCUGUUCAGCUUGCCAAAAAGCCAUUGAAGACUUUCCAGCCCGAAGAGCGCGUCAAACUGGAGCAUCUCUUGCAGCACAUUCUUUUUCCGGACGAUCAGUCAAUUCAAUUUGAGACUGCGCUUCGAAACCUGGAAGAAACUUAUCCACAAACGCGAUUGAACCUAGAUAUACCUAUCGAUGAGCACGGGAACACAUCGCUGCAUUGGCUGUGUUCUAUAGCCAACGUUAGACUUACAAAAGACCUCAUUCAUACCGGAGCUGACCGUCUUCUGGGAGACAUGUCUGGUGAAUCGGCAUUGGUCAAAGCCGUAAAGUCUGUGAACAACUACGACUCUGGCACCUUUGAAGAGCUACUGGACUACCUUUACCCUUGCUUAAUUUUGCUAGAUGAGAUGGGAAGAACGGUACUUCAUCACAUUGUCAUCACAUCCGGCAUGCCAGGAUGCGCCUCGGCUGCCAAGUAUUACCUGGACAUUUUGAUGGGGUGGAUAGUGAAGAAGCAGGCUCGUGAGGUUGCCGGAGACGCAGACAUAAUAAUGACUACAGUGGACCUAAAAUGGUUCAUUAGCCAUGUUUUGAAUGCCCGCGAUAUAAACGGUGAUACUUGUCUCAACAUCGCUUCUAGACUAGGGAACGUCUCGAUAGUGGAAGCAUUAUUGGACUAUGGAGCUGAUCCUCGGAUAUCAAACAACUCUGGUCUGCGCCCAGUGGAUUUUGGCGCAGGCGCUAGCAAAAUUGAAGCCUCCACUGCAAAUGCAGACAAUGGGGCCACAGUGACGGCUUUAGGGCCAGACUCUGCUGUGCUUAUAAACAACAUACAAUCCUUAAUCAACACCAUCUCCCAAGACUACGACAUGGAGAUCAAGCAGCACAAGGAGCAACUGAAGAAGCUCCACUCAGAACUCAAGACUCAACGAGAGCUUUUGUCUUCAUCAAGAGAUAGGCUGGCGCAAGCACGCCAGCUUCGUGACGAACACACACAGCUGACGGAACAGGUUUCUAAUAUUCAGCAGGCCAUUGGAGAAGAAGACGCGAGCUUCAAGAAAGUCAGCGACGAACUUGGAAUCAAUGACGAGUCGCUAGAUAUGGCUGAAUUCGACGCUGACGAGCCAUUUCGUAUCGAGUUUAUCUAUGAGUUCCUGGAGAAAAAGCUAGAAGCAGAAUAUUCCGGUGACCUUGAAAAGUUCCUUGGCAAUGCUUCACUUGAUGAAUUAACAGCCCAGCUGAUGGAAGAAAGUUCCGGUCAAGAGGAGAGCAUACCGCCAGCGGUGCUUCUGCGAGCCCGAAUCUGUGCAUACGAAAAAAAUGAGGAAAGCCUCAAUAAAUCGUUAGAGUCUGUCCACCAAAAGCAAGCGGAUUUAGAAGGAAGAUUUAGACGAGUGCUCUCUUUAUGUUUGAAGAUAGACGAAGACAAGGUGGACGACAUGUUAGAUGGCCUGUUGCAGGCGAUAUCUACUGAAGAUCCUGAAGACAUUGAUACGGAUGAGAUGCAAAGCUUUUUGAGCAAGCAUAACGUAUAG